AUGUACACUGGAAGAGAAGAUCCUCUAUCCCACCUCAAGUAUUUCGAGAUGCAAAUGGAUCUGCAACGGACACGAGGGGAUGUGUGUUGCCGAAUUUUUCCUGCUACCCUCUCGGAAGCCGCCCAGCAAUGGUAUUUCAAGCUAGCUCCUGGAAAGUUCAACUCGUGGAAAGCUUUCUCCUCGAAAUUCAAUGCACAAUUCUCCUCCUCUUGCCAACUUUCGUUGCAUCUACGAGACUUGGUCGAAGUCAAGCAAAGACCAGGCGAGCCUCUCCGAGCAUACAUCAGCAUAUUCAUGAUGGAAGCGACCAAGGUCUCACCGCUAACAGAAGAUGGAAAGUUGUCCGCGACACUGGGGGCCAUUGAAGUCCUCGGUGAACUUUGGAAGGACAUUAGGAAGAACGACCCAGUAGACUCAAUGAGUGAUUUUCUCGACCGUGCUGAAGGCUUCAUCAAACUUGAAGAGGCUAUUCAGCAAGUGGAGGGUGAGCAAAAGCCUGCCAAGUCAAAAGUUACUUCCACAGGAAUGUCCGCCCAACUCCCCCAUUACCCAAAUAAUUCGAGCUCAAAUGGUAAACUUUCCAACAACAACAACAGGCAAGGGAAUGGGAAGAAGGGAAAGUUCACCAGCAAAAUUGAGCAAGCUCCUUAA